AACAGAGAGCCAUCAAAAUUCCGAUUGAAGAAGAUGGAGUGUGUAAUCCCACUGUGGCGGUGCUUCUGUCUCAGUCCACCGGAACUACGCCACCGCAUCGUUAACCACAGUCGACGCCAUCUCCAUCUCUCCUCCUCCUCCUCCUUCGUAGCAGGGAUAUGGCCUCUCCCUGAUAAGAAAAAUCGAUUUCUUGCUCCAGUCACGCAGAGGACUUCCUUGAAUCGCCGUACGGGAUCACUCGAGCACCUUCCUCUUUCCCUGAACUCGUCUGUGAUUGGUAACUCAGAGGAAGAACUCGAAGAAGAAGAAGAAGAGGAUGAUUUGGAUUGGGAGUCAGAAUUUCUUGGGGAGAUUGAUCCGUUGGAAAUCCAACCUCCGAAGAAGAGGAAAAAGCAGGCAAAUUCGAAAGCGCUUGAAGAUACUGAAGGGAUGGAUUGGUGUGUAAGGGCAAGGAAACUCGCACUUCAAUCGAUUGAGGCUAGAGGAUUGUCUUCUAGAAUGGCGGAAGUGAUGCCUCUUAAGAAGAAGAAAAAGAAAAAGAGCAAGAAAGUGACUGGAAACAAAGACAAGGUCAGGAUCAAAAGUGUUCCCGAGGAUGAUUUUGAUACCGAGGAAGAAGAUUUGGACUUCCAAGAUCGAUCAAUGGAGGAUAAAAUGGGGGAACUCCGGAAGAGAGUUAGCUCAUUAGCUGGUGGAAUGUUUAAGGAAAAGAAGGAGAAGACGAGGGAGCAAUUAGUUCAGAGACUAUCCCAGUUUUCAGGACCUUCUGAUCGUAUGAAAGAAAUCAACCUGAACAAAGCUAUAAUUGAAUCACAGACUGCUGAAGAGGUACUGGAAGUAACAGCUGAGACAAUCAUGGCUGUUGCCAAAGGCUUAAGUCCAUCGCCGUUGUCUCCUUUAAACAUUGCCACUGCUCUCCACCGAAUUGCCAAGAAUAUGGAGAAAGUUUCGAUGAUGAGAACACGUAGGCUUGCAUUUGCUCGGCAAAGAGAGAUGUCAAUGCUUGUUGCUCUUGCAAUGACUUGCCUACCGGAAUGUUCAGCUCAAGGCAUCUCAAAUAUAUCUUGGGCGUUGUCAAAAAUCGGGGGUGAAUUGCUUUAUUUGACAGAGAUGGAUCGAGUCGCAGAAGUUGCCACGUCAAAGGUUGGGGAGUUUAAUUCUCAGAAUGUUGCUAAUAUUGCAGGGGCUUUUGCUUCCAUGCGGCAUUCUGCUACAGAACUCUUUGCUGAGUUGUCAAAGAGGGCAUCUACUAUUAUCAUCACCUUUAAAGGCCAAGAGAUUGCUCAACUAUUGUGGUCAUUUGCCUCGCUUUAUGAGCCAGCCGAUCAUUUACUUGAAUCUUUGGAUAGUGCUUUCAAAAGCAGUGACCAGUUCAAGUGCAGCUUGACGAAAGAAACAUCAAACUAUGAUGAAGUAGCAGACGUUGGAGUAAGCGAUGGUGCUUCAGGACCUCCAGCACUUAGCUUUAACAGGGACCAGCUUGGAAAUAUAGCAUGGUCUUAUGCUGUUCUUGGGCAAGUGGAGCGACCUUUCUUUGCCAAUAUAUGGAAUAUCUUAACCACCUUGGAGGAGCAAAGGCUUUCAGAGCAGUAUAGGGAAGAUGUCAUGUUUGCUUCUCAGGUGUAUCUUGUGAAUCAGUGCUUGAAGGUUGAGAGUCUCCACCUUCAGUUGUCACUUUGUCAUGGGCUCGAAGAAAAAAUAAACCGCGCAGGAAAAACCAAAAGGUUCAAUCAGAAAAUAACCUCAUCUUUUCAGAAAGAAGUUGGACGCCUUCUCAUAAGUACAGGGCUUGAUUGGGUUAAAGAAUAUGAUGUGGAUGGCUACACCGUUGAUGUUGCGCUGGUCGAGAAGAAAGUUGCUUUAGAAAUCGACGGGCCAACUCAUUUCUCAAGAAACACCGGACUACCAUUAGGGCAUACAAUGCUGAAGCGGAGAUAUGUUUCUGCUGCUGGAUGGAAGGUGGUAUCCUUGUCUCAUCAAGAGUGGGAAGAACAUGAAGGCAGUCAUGAACAGCUGGAAUAUCUGAGGGAGAUUCUCGACGGCUGCUUAUAGAGAAAGACAGAAACGAAAUACGUAUGGCAUUGUGAUUCCAUGGUUGUUAAUUAAAGUUCUCUUUUCCUUCAUGUAUAUAGGUAAGAUUGUUGUAUUAGAUUCAUGAUUUAUGUUUAGAGCCAUAAAACAGAAUUAAAUUCCAUUUAAAACAUAAA